GUCGAAGAUCAAAUGGCAAUAUAGUUGAAGAAGUGAAAGAGUCGAAAAAAAAAACAAGAACAACAACAUACGAGCCAUCGUUUAUAUAAAUAUUUUCAUUUUUACACCGCAAUACCUAUACACCUAACACGUAUUGGGCAGCCCGUCAUCAUCAUCAUCAUCGUUGUAUUUCAUCGUUUUAUUAUUCGUACGCGUAUAACAUUUGCGCUGAAGCGAAAGGAAAAGAGAAAAAUAAAACAACACACAUAGAUUCGUAUUGGAAUUUUUUUUUGUAUUUCGUAGCCCAUCGGCCGAGAAGAACUUUCGACUUCGCUUUCUUUGAUUUUGUAAAAUUAGUGUUUAAUGAUAAGCUAUUGAAGCACGAAUUAAAAGGAAUAUGGGGCUGUGCAAAAGUUUUUAUCGAUUAGUUAGAAAUUUUCUAAUUGUAUUCUUCCUCGUUGUAUUGUUACCUGGUUUGCCGCCUAAGACGCACUUCGAUUUUCAAUCAUUUAUAAUUCCAAAACCAUUAGAUUUAACGGGUCCGUUAGAAGUAAAUAAUUUGUUAGAUAAUGCAGAACGAUUGUUGGAAGGUCGAGUACAUGGACCUGAAACAUUGUUGAUGCGUAACAACGAAAUCUACACAACCGUUCAUGGUGGUCAAGUGAUCAAAAUCAAUGGUGAUCAUAUUACUCAUGUGGCUAAAUUUGGAAAACCAUGCGAGGGCUUCGUUGAAGAAAGAAUUUGCGGACGACCAUUGGGUUUGGCGUUUGAUACUCUUAACCCAAAUAAUUUGAUUGUUGCUGAUGCUUACUACGGCAUUUGGUCGGUUGACUUGACCAGCGGAAAGAAGACGCAAUUGGUUUCGCCAGAGGAAAUAUUGGAUGGAAAAAUUCGUCGACCGGCAAGCAUCUUCAAUGCAGUUGCUGUAUCGAAAGCGGGCGAUAUCUUUUGGACCGACUCGUCAUCUGAUUUCAAACUUGAUGAUGGUGUUUACACGCUACUCGCCAAUCCAUCAGGUCGUUUGUUCCAACACAUUCGUGCAACAAAACAAAAUAAAUUGCUUUUGGAUGAAUUAUACUUUGCAAAUGGUGUCGCAUUGUCGCCAAAUGAAGAUUUUGUUGUUGUAUCAGAAACGGCCGCGUCACGUCUUAAACGCUACUAUUUGAAAGGUGCGAAGGCUGGUCAAAGCGAUAUAUUUAUCGAUCGUUUACCAGGUGCCACCGAUAAUUUAACACCAGAUGCUGAUGGUCUUUGGGUGCCACUUGUUCUGUCAAUCGACAAUGAAAAUCCUGGUCUCUGGCAAUCAGCUGCAAAUGCUCCACUUGUUCGGAAAUUUUUGGCACGUACACUUGCUUUGAUUGAAUUACCAUUUAAAUUCAUUGAAAAGGUUUACUCAAAUUUCUAUACACAAAUGAUUGUUCACAAAAUUGGACAUUUUGAAUCGUUGUCGAUGUCACCAUCACGUCAAACUAUCUUGCGUAUCGAUUGGAAUGGUAAAAUUAUUGGUUCAUUGCAUGGCUUCGAUAAAUCGGCGCAUGGAGUUGCGCAUGUGCUUGAGGCUGGUGACUAUUUGUACUUAGGUUCGUUUGCUAAUAAGUAUUUGGGCCGCGUAAAGUUGCCAAAAAGUUAUAAAAAUGCUGAAAAACAACAGGCACCCAAAGUCGAAACAACAACAACAACAACAAAAAAACCAGUUACAACAACCACCCCGAAGCCCACCACCACAACUACACCGAAACCAACAACAACAACAACAACAACAACGACGCCGAAACCAACAACAACAACUCCACCACCACCAAAGCAAACAACAACUAAACCAACUGAUGCUCCAAAGCAAAAAACAGCCAAACCAACCGAUUCGAGGAAGCCAGCCCCAAUUCAUGAAAAUGUCGUUGACGUUCCAGAACCGCCAAAGGAAGAAAAACUCAAAGUGAUUAAAAAAGGUGGCGCCCAAGGCGAACUUUAAGCCAUUUUUAUAUUCACACAACAA